CCAAGCGCAUGCGUGAGGCGGCGGCGCCAGGACUGAUUGCUACCAGGCUGGCGGCUCGUUAACCCUCUGAAACAUCGUCAUGGCGGUCCCCGCGGCAGCCAUGGGACCCUCGGCGCUGGGUCAGAGUAGCCCUGGUGCGAUGGCCCCCUGGUGCUCCGUGAGCAGUGGUCCGUCGCGCUACGUGCUCGGGAUGCAAGAGCUGUUCCGGGGCCACAGCAAGACGCGCGAGUUCCCGGCGCAUAGUGCCAAGGUGCACUCGGUGGCCUGGAGCUGCGACGGGCGUCGUUUAGCCUCCGGAUCCUUCGACAAGACGGCCAGUGUCUUUUUGCUGGAGAAGGACCGUUUGGUCAAAGAAAACAACUAUCGGGGACAUGGGGAUAGCGUGGACCAGCUGUGUUGGCAUCCCAGUAAUCCUGACCUCUUUGUCACUGCAUCUGGCGAUAAAACCAUUCGCAUCUGGGAUGUGAGGACUACAAAAUGCAUUGCCACUGUAAACACUAAAGGGGAGAACAUUAAUAUCUGCUGGAGUCCUGAUGGGCAGACCAUUGCUGUAGGCAACAAGGAUGAUGUUGUGACCUUUAUUGAUGCCAAGACACACCGUUCCAAAGCAGAAGAGCAGUUCAAGUUUGAGGUCAAUGAAAUCUCCUGGAACAAUGACAAUAAUAUGUUCUUCCUGACAAAUGGCAAUGGUUGUAUCAACAUCCUCAGUCUGUCCCCCACACAUAAUAGAACAGAACUUUGUUUUAAUAUAGUCCAGUUUCAGCUCCUCAAUACCAUAUACUGCAUCAGUCUACUUCAUCUUUGGUGGUCUGGAAUGGUAAUGCCAGUCUCAUAUAGUCAGUAUGGAGACAAACUAUGGGAGGUGCAGUGUGAGUCCCCAACCUUCACUGUGGCUUGGCACCCCAAAAGGCCUCUGCUUGCAUUUGCCUGUGACGACAAAGAUGGCAAAUAUGACAGCAGCCGGGAAGCUGGGACUGUGAAGCUGUUUGGGCUUCCUAAUGAUUCCUGAGAGGAGGACCUGACGUAAGGAGAGGAAGCCCUGCAGAGACACCAUGUAGUUUGGCCUGUUCUCUUGGACUUGAUGGAUACCCUAAAUAUUUGUAAAUUGCUAAAAAUUAUAAAAGUCUUUUGUGAGGCUGCCAGUUCCAGUUCCCUUCACAUGUUUUAUGUUAGCUUUUCCAUUUUUCCCCCCAGUAACAGUUGGCUAAGGAGGACUUUGCACUGUGGGACCUCCUGUCUUCCCUGAUUUUAGAUAUGUGGCAGACUUUGUGAGUUUGAUGCUGCUUGGAUAAUGCCUAGUUUGGAGAGAGGGUGGGAUGAGGAUGGAGGCUUUUUAAUGAUUAAGAAAGAAAUAUAUAUAUGUAUAGUUUUGUGAAUUGAGCAUUUAACAAAACUGACUUUUUAUUAUGGGGUUUUGGGACUUUUAUAGGUAUGUAUUAUUAUUAAAGGGAGAUAUUGCUGUUUGUAUUUUCUUUUAUAAUCAGAGAAAUAGAGUUUGAAUGGUAUAGUUCUGUUUAGUGACCUAACCAAAGAACCUGAAAUAUAGGAACAAAGCAUUUAGUGCAUGGGCUACAGCAAUCCUUAGAAGUCAUCAGUGGUUUCUGUGAAUGUGUGCGUGGGCCUGGCUUCAGUAUACACAGGAUUUGUAGAUAAAUUAUGACAAACACUGAGAAAAGUUAUAAAAUAUAAACGAGAAAGACAAAAUCAAGGUAAGACAAAUGCAAAUUAGAACAGAAAGUUAUGACUGGGGAAAUUAAAUAGAAAUAUGUAAAUAUUGUUAAAAAGAACAUGCCGGCUCCUCAUGGAAAGCAAAGCCUCUUAUCUGUAAGAGAAGUGGCUCAUGCAAGGACUUGUUACCUAUGAAUGAUAUUUUGAUUUUUCAUUGUAUCUUAAUUUUUUUGUCAUUAAAAAUAAAACAUAGAAAUGUGCCUCA